AUGAACGACGCUACUCCGAGGGUGGACCCAUCCGAACUGAGUCACAACAGUGCGUCCGUGUUCCGGCUCGUUGCACGCGUCACUGCGCAACCCACCGAGACCUCGCUCGUGUUGUCCGCACCGACUCACAGUGGCCGUGACGCUGGGCCCGUGACGCUCGAUGGCGUGCGGACGACCGCUGGUGCUGGACCCUUCGUCGUGGACAAGUGGUACGAGUUUGUGUGUCGUGCCUCCGAUGCUGGGGACGUUGGGUUUCUCGUGCUGGAUGCCGUGGAGUGUGUGUUGCACGAGGGGGAGAGUGUCAGUGUCGACGCGGUGGUCGCGUUGCAGGGUCUUUCGAAGCAGUUCCCAGAGAUAUACUAA